CCGGCCGGGUGCUGAAGUUGGGCGGAUGGCAGCGGAGCCGCUCCACUAGGGACGAGCCGCACCAGCCCUUCCCGGGACCGCUCCGCGCCAGCCGCACGCAGCCCGGCGGGGAAUAAUAAAGGAAUGAGAGACCAGAGGACUACAAAAACACAGCCUGGACCCAAAGACCCAGAAGUUCUCACAGUCUGAAAUCCACAACAGACACAACUUGGAGCAACACAAUCCGCAGCAGAAAGUGGACAAGUGAAGAACGGUAGAAACCCACCCACUUGGGCACUGAAGUAGCUGAAAUGAGAAAGAGGCAGCAGUCACAAAAUGAAGGAACAUCAGCUGUGUCUCAAGCACCUGGAAACCAAAGGCCCAACAACACAUGUUGCUUUUGUUGGUGCUGUUGCUGCAGCUGUUCAUGCCUCACUGUUAGGAAUGAAGAUAGAGGAGACAAUGCAGGAAGGCCAACACAUACAACCAAAAUGGAGAGUAUCCAAGUCAUAGAAGAAUGCCAAAACCCUACUGCAGAUGAAAUUUUGUCUUGGGCUCAGAAUUUUGACAAGAUGAUGAAAACACCAGCUGGGAGGAACCUUUUCAGAGAGUUUCUUCGAACAGAGUAUAGUGAGGAGAACCUCCUUUUCUGGCUUGCAUGUGAAGAUCUAAAGAAGGAACAGAACAAGAAAGUUAUUGAAGAAAAAGCAAGACUUAUAUACGAAGAUUACAUCUCUAUACUAUCACCAAAAGAGGUUAGUCUUGAUUCCCGGGUGAGAGAAGUGAUCAACAGAAACUUGUUGGAUCCCAGCCCUCAUAUGUAUGAAGAUGCCCAACUCCAGAUAUACACCCUAAUGCAUAGGGACUCUUUUCCAAGGUUUUUGAACUCUCAGAUUUAUAAGUCUCUUGUUGAAAGUAUUACAGGCUCUACUUCUGAAACUUAGUUUUAAUUUUCAAACAAAAUAACUUGAUUUUUUUUUUGGGUGGGUGGGAUGGAAGAAAAGUAGUUUAAUAACAUCUGGAGCUGGGUUCCUGGAGAACUACAGUUUAGCACUACUCAGGCUACUGUGAAGAAAACAAAUACACAUUAUGGUCUCUGUCUACAUUUUUACCAAGGUUCUCCUUGCUCGAGAUGGCGUGGGAGGGGAACAAUGGAUUUGCCAAAAUACAUUUGUUUCACACUCCUUUCACCCUACUGCAGUCAAGAUUGCAAUGAUGUAUUUGUAGUUUUAUGAACAGUCUCCUUGUGUAUCCUCACACUGCAUGUGCAAGGUAAAACUGCUUCACUUACCACUUAGUUGUUGCAAUGUUUAAUCCAAUAACAUAAAUUAUAUCUGUAUUUAAGAACUUUUUUUGUGCAAUACAGUCUUAUGGUACAUAGAAACAAUUGCAGCAAACCAGAAAAAGGCUUGCAUUUUUUAACACCACUAACUGAAAAAAGCCAAUUUUUAAGGUGUAGCAUUACUCAACAUGCUCUACUGAGUACAAUACACUGACUUUUUGAAGCCAAUAUUUCUGUACAGAAAAAAGAGCUAUUUAUCACUGUUUAUUUAAAAUAAAUCAAGCGGAGGAUUCCUCUGGUUGUUCACUGCCAAAACUGUGGCAUUUUCAUUACAGAGUUUGCAAUGUCAAAAAGAGAAAAAAAAAAAAAGAAGAAAAAAAAAGCACAAACCACUUAAAGGGAUCCAUAUCUGGGUGACACAAUCUAUGCGCUGAUAUUGUUUAAUUGUUAAAAGAACAAAGAUUUUCAAUGUACAUUUCAGAUGUCAGAUACUGUAAUUGAUUUAUUAAAGACUGGUUAUCCAGUUCUAACACUGUUGUAUAAUGUUAUGUACUUCAGCAAAAAAAAACAAAAACAAAACCACAAAAAGCUUGAUAAUUUAGUUUUUUGAAUAAAGAAAUUUAAUAAAAGAUUGCCUACAUGUAGCAUUUUAGAGCAUUUUAGACCAUUUUGAUGAAUUGCAUCUGUCCUGUAAGAUAUUUUCUUUUUUUGAAAGCUAAAUCCAGUAAAAAAUGUUUUUAAACAAAGUAAUGUUUUACAAGGUGGUGGGUUAAAAGACUUACUUAUCUUAGCUUCUAGCCUCAUUGAUUUUGAGUAGCUCCUUGAAAACAAGGGGUUUGGAGAGUAAUAUUAAACCAAACUUCAAGGGCUCCUAAACCUACAGUCCUUACCCGAGCAAAAUGCCUACGGAAAUGCAACAGGUGUCUUUCCUGGGUAAAGAAUCCUGUACUGAGCCCUUAAUCAGAGCUAAGGCAGCACGGUACCCCCAUCACUUGGCUGCCGUGGUGUUUUUAAUAGGUGUUUGCUUGGCCUUUUUAUCAAAAAAAGUCCAAUUUUAGGACGCAUUUUGAUGUUUAAAGAGACAGUGACUCGGAACUUAAAAUAACCCAUCUUCAUUCCUACCAUAUACAAGCAAAAUGAGUGUUAGCAUCCCUCACAAACUGCUAAAGAUAUACCGAGAAAUGGUUUUGAAUACUCGUUAAAUAUAUAUAUACGUAUAUGUAUGUGUGUAUAUAUAUAUUUAAUACUGACAACUCUGGUCUUAUACUAAGACUUAAGAGGCAAGGUUCUUCUCACUUAUAUAGGACCAAACAUGGCAUAAGUCCGUUGCUUUCGAUGGGACUGGAAGGUCUGGCAGUUGUGUCCUUGAGUGGAAUCUAGCCCCAACACACUUGGCUCCAACCCCCAGUUGCUCCUUGCAGGCAGCCUUUGGUGACAGCUCUCCCUGGAGCCGCUGCUGCCGAGGCAGGUCUGCUGCUAUACAGUAACUGGUAGGAUGCAGGUCUUAGUUUAUCUUCUGGGGCUUAUUUUUUUUCCUUUGUUUUACUACCUCUCAUUUUUUUAAUUUAUUGAACAUGCUUCAAAUAGCAAGUCUGGGGAAUUUUUUUAAUCAUUCUUUUUACUUGAAACCUGUGUGCUUUUUUUGGAUAUAUAUACGAACAAUUUAAUGAACUGUUUCUUAAACUCAUUUGGUUUUGUAAUUUAUAUAGAAUUCAGGAGAUGAUUAAAAGGGCUAUUCUCUAUUCCCUAUGCAAAUAUUUUAACUGUUGUAGUGUUUGACAAAAUGGGAUCUAAACAAAAAAUAAUCUGCAAAGUGGAAAAAAAAAUCUGUUUACAGUGGCGUUGCUGACUAUCCUACCAUAUUCAGCACUUUUAAAUAUUGUUAUUUAUGAAAAUGUAGUUUAAAAUGCAAGACAAAAUAUUUAUAAAUGUUUCUUUUAAUAAAUACCUGUUUUGUCUGAAAGUGUUACUGUGUUAUGACAACUUUAUUCAUGUUGGUUAGCUACUUACCAUUAUGAAUAAACUAUUCAAUUAUUAUACUGAUAGAAUAAUAGCUAUGAUGUUUACAAAUACUGAUGGGGGGGGAAUUCACUGAGAAAGGACUGCCUCCUUCUACUGUGAAAUGCUGUUAGAAUAAAUGAUUUUUUUCUGGCUUUUUUCUUAAUUGGAAUUUAACUAUGGUCCUACAUAUAUGUCUAGUAUCAUUUGAUUACAGUUGUAUUUACUGUGGUACUAAACAUAUACAGCAUCAUAUAUGUAUAUAUUUACAUAGUGUAAUUUCAAGUUUGUUGGUGUUUGAGGCACAAUAAAUUUAGUCCACACAUCUAAACAAUGUGUAAGAGACAAAACUGCAUGCGUAAGUCUUUACAAAUGUAAACUUGAAUAUUCUUAAUGUUACUAUUUGAUGGUGACCUGCUAGUCAUAAGCUAUCUUUAUAAGAUAUUUCACACAGGUAGAAGUUCCUGUCAACAUAGACAAGUCAUCCUUUCAAGGACAGUUUUAAAGCUAGAUGUGCGGGCCCUAAAAUAUUAUCUUAAUUUCUAGCAUAAGAUUCCAAAAUCUGUAUUUGGAAACUGUUACAUCAUUGUGAAAAAUAUUACACCAAUCUUCAGUGUAAUACUGCAAUGAAAUCACGUUCAAAAUUUCUUGUUUUAAAUCCUCUAUUUGGAGGGAUUUAAAAAUUGAACGUAACAUGUGACAUUACUUUCUUGGAGCAUAUGCUCAUAUUAAAAUGUUUUAAUAUACAUUUCAUCUAUCAGUUUGGGUUUCCCAAAUUUUUAGUCAAAAAAUUGAUAUGGUCCAAAUGGACAAGUCGUGCCAUAACAUGAUCUCAUUGCCUAUCCUACAGUUCUUUGAACACAAAUUGUAAAACAGUCAAGCUAUUAAACUGAUUUAUUGUGCAUGCAGUGUACAAUACACUUUGAAAAACUGCCUAAAUACACUUAUUCUAUAGCCUGGAAUAAAAUAAGUAUGUAUUUAA